CCGCCACUACCCGAGAUGCGCCCCCUCCACACGUGGCCCUCCCGCACCUCAACCCCGACCGCCCGCCCAAUCAUCUUGCACCACGCGUCCGCCCCUCCCUGGACUCCUCUCGGUGGGUGGGAAGGGAGAGGAGAGAGGGAGAGGGGGGAGAGGGAAGCGCAGACGACGACAACACAGGUCGCGAGUGGAGGAGGAGGAGAAGCGAGCAAGCGCAACGCGAUUCUCCGCCGCGUCACCGAAUUGGAGGAUUUUCUGCCCUUCCCUUUUGCCGUGGCUGGAGAUGCAACCGUCGGGACCCGGGGGGCAGCGCGUAUCGGGCUCUCGUUCGGGUGCGGCGCCAGCGGCGGCCGCCACCUGAGGAGGAUGUUCGAGUGGAACGACGACCAGCAGCAGGGGAUUUUAGUGCUCGAAGAAGCAGCUGAUGAUUGUGAGCGAGCGAGCGAGGAUGAUAGGAUUAUUUCCAAGGAGGCUCACCUAGCAGAGAGAGUCUUGUGGGCAUUUAGAUGCUACCGCGUGCGGUUGGGUUGUGCUAGGUCUCAUAAGGUGGGAGAUGCAAUAUGGGCUGAGUUCAAUGAGAAUGAAGACCAUAUUGUGCCUUACCCUAAGGAUACAGAGGAUAGUGCAUUAGUAAGUGUUGGAGACCAGAAGAAGAAUGAUGAAGAAACUGAUAAUAUUCCUGGCCUUACUGAACGAAGUUCAAGUGGUCAAACUGAGUUUCCAGUUUUGGAAAAGCAGCCUGCCUCUCAGGCUAGUGAACAUUAUUCAGCUACACAACUUGACGUUGAAUCCUGGCCUGACUUGCCUUCUUUGAAUGCCACACUUGAUAGAAACUACAGCGAUGAUAAUAUAGCAUCUACAUAUUUGGAUUUCAGUUCUGCACCUAGUUUAGAGAAGGUCACAGGAAACACAACAGUGCAGCUGGAUGGUGAAACUGAAGUGUUUGGUAAUGAUCAUGAAGAAAAGAGUAACAGCUUCCUUGAUUGUGACUGGGGUAAUAUCGGAGAUUUUGAUGAUUUUGACCGCUUAUUUAGCAAUGGUGACUCCAUAUUUGGUAAUGAGAUGGUUGCUGAUGGCAGUAAUUUUCUCUCAGCAUCUUCAGAUCUGGUGGAUACUACUGUACAAUCAAUCCCCUUUCCACAUAUACCACUGAAUAAACAACUAUCUUCUGAUCAUGGAUCUUCGCUUCUGAUUAAUGAAACAUCUGGUGGAACUACCGAACAAGAAAGCAAGGUAGUAGACGCUAAUGCUAAAUCUGGAGAGCAAGCUGAGCAUAAAAAUCAUCUGAAUAAUGAAUAUUCUGGAAAACCAAAUCAGUUUCCAAAGGAGGGAGAUGUGCAGAAGAAGUCAGUGAGGUCACGGAGAAGAACAGAAGAAAGAGGCAAAAGUAAAAUGUCCAAUAGUACAAGUGGCUUCUCCCAGAACCAAGGACAGCAUCGACCAGCCAGUUCGCAUUCAUUGGCCAAAGCCCCUGCGCAACCCCUUCAGACUCCUCAAUACUUGCUAUUACAUGAUAACAAGAACAUGGGACAACUUCAGCAGGCUAAUCAGUUUAUUUUCCCUGACUAUGGAUAUCCUUCAUAUCAAUUUCCUGGCAUUCCUCUGAUGUCAAAUGUUCAGGCUGAAAGCCAUCAAACAAAGCCAGCUACUACAAAUUACCGAACUUCAAUAGAUUCCCCAAAACAGUCAAGUUCCGCAGAAAAGUCACAAGAUAUACCAUCAAGACCAUUGAUGAUGACACCCCAAGAAAAGAUUGAAAAGCUUAGGCGUCGACAGCAAAUGCAAGCACUGAUAGCUAUUCAGCAGCAGCAGCAGCAGUUUGGUCAAGAUGGUUCUGGCAGCGAUACCAUGGUACCUCAAGCGUACUCACCAAAGAGCAAAAAUCCAGAUUCCUUAGGGAGUUCUGUUGUCAUAGAUGAUAAUGCAAAUAAAGUUUUCUCACUAGAGCUGAUUCCAACUGGCCAUGAAGAGAUUCAGAAGAGUUCUGGGAUUCCUGAUGACCCCUUUAUAGAAGAAAAAAUAUAUUAUCAGCUUCAAGAUGCUCUUGCGAAGUUGGAUACCAGAACUCGGCGUUGUAUUCGAGACAGUUUACUCCGUUUGGCCCAUAGUGUCUCAGAGAGACAAAUUACUAGUGACAGAAGUAGUGCUAACAAGAGUAAUAAAGAUGAUGAUGAAGUUUCAGAAGACACAUCUAAAAGAAGAUCUCCAGCAAGUGAAGCAGAAACAAACACAAAUCCAAUCGACCGCAUUGUGGCACAUUUACUGUUUCAUAAGCCUUGUUCAAAGGUUUCAACACCUGCAAAAGAAGAGAUCAAAUCCUCAACUCCAUUGCCAACUGAACCUGAUUCGAAGAUUCCUACAGACGCACCUGGGGGACCAUCAGAAAAUCACCAGAAUGGGCAAGAAAUGACACUGCAGCCUUCACUGUAAUGUAAGAUGUAUUAAUGGAAGAUUUUGCUCAAAGACCAGUGAGAUCAUAAUUCUUUGUGUAUCUGAUGGCCCAAUUUCUCUGCGAAUGGCUGGUGUUUCUCCUUAGAGUAUGUGGCAGGGGACCAAUGAAUUGCUCAACAUCAACAUGGUUAGCUGCCUCUAAAGAUGGCCAUUGCCAGUCCGCUGAUCACCUCCACUGUCAGAGAUCAUUACGUGAUGUAUCCUGCUGUAUCAGUUUCACCAUCCUAGUGCCUUGUGUCAUAUCCCAAAAAAAAAAAAAAAAACAACACUGUACAGUUUAGACUGGAUUCAUGCCGAGGUGACACUUUGGGUGUGUAUGUUAGAGUUCACUGAAAGAGAGCGAACAUUUGGCUCUAGAAAUACUUUUGUCGUUGGAAAUUCCUCGAUCUUAUUCCCCAGAAAAUGUCCUGUUCCACUCCAUAACAUUCAUGUGCUAUGUGUUGGUCGCUAAGCUCGAAAGAACUUUGUCAUUCUAACGGAACUAUUUGAUGACACAUCUUUUGCAUGUGUCGGCGCUAA